UUAAGGCCGCCGGUGUGAGCCGGGGCUCAGCGCGAGAGAGGGACGGGGGAAGAGACCGGCAGGUGUGGGCGCGGGGCUGAGCAGCCCGACGGCGGGAGUCGCAGUCGCUCGGUGCAUGGGCCAGUGAGGACGCGCGGAGAUCUCCUCGCCGCGGCGGAGGCGGAGCAGCGCCACAGCAAGGCGCUGCCCGGCGACCCUGCGUCCGAGCGAGCGGAACCUUGCGCUUCGGCAGGGGACGGUCCGAAGUCCGCGCUAUGGAAGAGGAGAAAUAUUUGCCUGAGCUGAUGGCAGAGAAAGAUAGCCUGGAUCCAUCUUUUGUGCAUGCAUCGCGCCUUUUGGCGGAAGAAAUUGAAAAAUUUCAAGGUUCUGAUGGAAAAAAGGAAGAUGAAGAAAAGAAAUAUCUUGAUGUCAUCAGCAACAAAAACAUAAAGCUCUCAGAAAGAGUAUUGAUUCCUGUCAAGCAAUAUCCAAAGUUCAAUUUUGUGGGGAAAUUGCUCGGACCACGAGGCAACUCCUUGAAGAGACUACAGGAAGAAACAGGUGCUAAAAUGUCUAUCCUGGGCAAAGGAUCAAUGAGAGAUAAAGCAAAGGAAGAAGAAUUAAGGAAGAGUGGGGAAGCCAAAUAUGCCCACUUGAGUGAUGAACUUCAUGUAUUAAUUGAAGUGUUUGCUCCACCUGGGGAAGCUUAUUCACGAAUGAGUCAUGCAUUGGAAGAGAUUAAAAAAUUCCUGGUUCCCGACUACAAUGAUGAGAUUCGUCAGGAACAGCUACGUGAAUUAUCUUACUUAAAUGGCUCAGAGGACUCUGGUCGUGGCAGAGGCAUUAGAGGCAGAGGGAUCAGAAUAGCUCCCACAACCCCUUCAAGGGGCCGUGGGGGUGCCAUUCCUCCCCCGCCACCGCCUGGACGAGGUGUACUCACCCCUCGAGGGACUACUGUGACUCGCGGAGCUCUUCCAGUGCCCCCUGUAGCAAGAGGAGUCCCAACCCCACGAGCCCGGGGGGCACCGACAGUGCCAGGAUAUAGGGCACCCCCUCCUCCAGCCCAUGAAGCUUAUGAAGAAUAUGGGUAUGAUGAUGGCUACGGGGGUGAAUAUGAUGACCAGACCUAUGAGACUUACGAUAACAGCUAUGCCACCCAAACGCAAAGUGUCCCUGAAUACUAUGACUACGGUCAUGGAGUAAGUGAGGAUGCCUAUGACAGCUACGGCAAGAAAAGAAAAAAGAGAGUGGGAGUCAGGAUCUUCUUUCAGAUGAAGGGAGUGAUGGAAAAUGCACCAGAAGAAUGGGCCACAACCCGCUCCAGCCUGAAGGCACCACCGCCAAGGUCAGCCAGAGGGGGAUACAGGGAGCACCCCUAUGGUAGAUAUUGAAGGUCCUUCUCACCCGUGACCUCACCUCAAAGACAAUUCAUAGCCUGUGGUCUCCACAUAAACAGCAACAAGACAAGUAUCCACAAGCAAAGAGCACAUAAGUGAAUAGCAGAUGUGGUGGCUAACAAGGAUAGAGGUGAAGAUGUGUGACUGAGAAGCCAGAAGAUGGAAUAAAUCUGACACUGACUGGAGGUUCAGCGUUUGGAACGAUGGAGGCCAUCUGAGAAGAUCAUUUGGAUUUGAACCAAUGUGAUUCUAAAGUGACUAUGAAAAACAACCACUGAUUAAAAUAUAUGUGGACCAUAUUAAUACAUUAAUUAUGUGGCUUUAAAAAGAAGUGGUUAAUAUGGGCUGGGAUUUUAAAAGAAGGCUUCCCAGAAGAGGUGAGAUUUGGAUAAAAAGUCAGAGAUGGACAGAAGGUGGACCCAAAUGCAAGACUACCAGAUUGCUAAUUGGAAUCUUAGUAACCGUAUUGGCUACAAAAUAACCCAAGGAACUUUGGUUUGAGAAAAGGCUGGCACCGGGCUCAAGAAAGGAAGUGAGCCGGUUUACCAGCACAUGACCGAGUUACAUGCACAUUUUGGAAGAAGAAGAAACCUAAUAUAAAUAUAUGUCUGUAAUUAAGAACACUGCUUGUUAAGAACAUAUUUAAAGAAGACACUGCUGAAGAUGGAUCGUAUUUUGUUUGCCUGCUAGGGCUCAUUUCUCUUAUUAUGCCAGUUAGCCACCCUGCCUCUCUUAGCUCCUCUCUCCUGAAAAUAAGAAUAUAAUAAUACCUACAUCAGAGAAUCGUCCUGAUGAUUAAAUGAGUUAAUACAUGUGAUACACUUUCAAGGUGCCUGGCACAGGGGAGGUGCUUGAUAAGUAUUUUCUAUUACUAUCAGCAGGAGAUCCAACUAUAUGGCAUUUUAUAGUCUUCUCCUAAAAGACUGCUUAUUUUCAAUGUUAUUUUCCUUGUUGUGCUGUCCUAUCUUUUAGAAGCCCAUACCUAACUUCCACAAGUUCUGUGAAGAUCUGUUAAAUGAAAGCAUAUCAAAUCACUUUGAAAUGCAUAAAGUACUAUGUAAAUGAAAGGUGGAAUAAUUAUGUUAAAGGCAUCAUUUUGAAUUUUGUUUAUACUGCAUCUUUGAAAUGAGCAUCAGAUUUUUCUCCAGGCAGUUACGGCUCCUACAGAAACAAACACAGAUGGUGCCCAAACCUCCUACUGAAUAGUUGUAGGCAAUGGCAUUUAUCAAAAUACUGCAGGUCACUAAAUGUGCAAAGACUCAAAACAAACCCCACAUCUCAGUGUCAGGCCAGCAUGGUAAUUUAGGCAAAUAAGCCUUUGUUUGAUAAUUCAAGGAUCUUCUGAUUUGUCAAAUAUACUAGCACAACAAACAGAAAAUCCUACAUGUAGGCUAAGUUUUACAAAAUAGGACAUUAAAAUGCAAUUUCUUUUAGAGAAAAAAAAUCAGGUUUCUUUACUGAUGAGAGUUUCUAGCCAAAUUAGAAUGUAUUUUGGGGAUGUGCAUGCAGAUGUUCUGAUUUUACAUUGACCUUCUAGCCAAGCAAAGCAAAGAAAGAGAGGAAACAUGACUUAAAGAUAGGUCUUCUUCUACUCAAACCUUCUAAGAACCCAGUUUUUGGAGUGCAGGCUUCCUUUUGUCAGCCCCUAGUCCUGGGAUUUCUAUAACAUAACUCUCUUGAUGGGGUCAUGGGCUUGUUUGCCCUUGGAUCCAUUCCUUGCCCUCCCUCUGGCUGACUGGGGGACAGGAAAUUCUGAUCCCUGAGGCUUCCUUUCCUAGAGCGCUGUCUCAGGGGAACUGUCGCUGGCUUCUGCCACUGGCACUUGGGAGUGGUGACAUUGGGAGGUGACAAGAGAUGGGGAAGAAGGGAGCAGUCAGGGCACUCCUCUCAACACUGUUUGCCUCCGGCACCUUCUCAGGCAGAAGCUGUGUCUCUUCCGUGCCCACCUCCUGCUGCUAAAGCCUGCCACGUUCCAGUUCUUACCUGGUAACGCAUGGCUCCUAGGUUUUGGUACCCUCUUUUCAUCCUGUGUCCCUCCAGCUAGGGUGGGUUAUACCUUGCUCCUGUGGCUAAGUCUCCUGUCACCUCACUUUUCUCUGGUUGGCUUUCAUCACCUGUUUUGUGCUUUAAUCAAUUCCCUGCCUUUGAAUCUUCCGUUUAACGAAUAUUCAAAGUGAAUCUCGUUUUUCUUGACUAGACCCUGACUCACCUAAGAUCUGGCAUAGGCUACCCGGCUCCACUGAAUUCUUACGCAAGAAACACUGCGCUCCUGACUUCCUUCAUCAUGACUUGCUUCACCACUUAACGCCCAAGCCUAAUACAGAGUCUGGCACAAAGUACAUACUCAGAAAUAUUUGUUGAAUAAAUAACACGUGAAUGAAUGAAGCUAUGAGACGAGAGAAUUCUUUCCAACCUUCAUCACAUCAGAUCUUAAGUUGUACUGACCAAAAAGUGAAAUGGGGAGAGAAACAGAUGCAUAGAAAAGUGAAGAAGUCAAUGUUCUUUUCUCUACUCCGAAGUUUCAUAAGACUUAUAAUGCCUCCUCCCAGAAGGAGGGUCCCAGACUUCUCCGUUUGUUUUUAUCUGGAGGGAAGACAGAAGAAGACAAGAAAGUGUUUUCUGUUCACUAUUGUUGGUGCUACCCACUAAUAAAAACUACAAACAUUUCAGCAAAAAGUUAACAAUUUCCAAAUAGUGUAGCCAAAAAAAAAAAAAAAAA